AGUGUCAAUAUAUUGUCAUGUUGUCAAUGUCAACUAGACAACUAUAGCCUAUUCCAACCACAACAGGAAUAACCCCAAAUAAACAACUUCGACACCGAUAUCAAUUGACGCGAUAUCAUAAUCUAUGAUAUUCACUAUGGAUUCGCGAAAAAAUGGCGUUUUUAAUGUUCGCAAAGUUGUAAUCGAAACUUCGAAAGUUACAUUAAUGUGGUUAUAACUAGUUGAGUGGCAUAGUGUUGUAUCGUAAAUAAAGAGGAAACCAGCUGGAUCUGUGUAAUAGCUGUCAAAAAGUACGCGAACAUUUGUGCACUGGCAUUUUUUGCAUAAUGUUCUCGCACAAUGUAUGAAGAUGAAAACAUUACUUCUACUCCUAAGCGAUAUGCCUUAACAGAGGUCACAAAUGCAACAAGUUAUGUGUCGCCGACGGCUAACCUCAAGUUGUUAACUAAUGUCGCUCUGCAGUAUCCCACGCCGCCUCCGAGCACAGUGCAUCGCAAAGAAAAAUCGUUACAAAUAUUAUGUGAUAAAUUUCUCAAUUUGUAUCCUUUACAUGGAAAUGGCACGGUUGAGAUACAGUUGGAUAGCACUGCAGCCAGGCUAGGAGUGGAAAAACGGAGAAUGUAUGAUAUCAUAAAUAUCUUAGAGGCCAUGCAGUGUGCAGUUCACAAGAGAAAGAAUACUUACUUAUGGCAUGGAGGAUCUAGACUGAACUCUUUUUUAAAAAUGCUAAAAAAGCAGGGAGAGACCCUCAGGCUAUCUGAAGCCCUUAGGGGUAGAGCAGCUAAGCCACCAGCUCCCAAACAUAAGACAUUAGGAGUCUUAGCUCAAAGAUUUUUAAUGCUUUUCUUAGUGGAACCACCUAACACUCUCAUCAAUUUAGAAAUGGCUGUUAGUGUACUUAUUGAUUCAUCAAAUAAAAAUAAGUCUACCCUCUCACCAGAGCAGUUAGAUCGCCAACAUAAGUCCAAAGUCAGGAGGCUUUAUGACAUUGCAAAUGUGUUUAUUUCAAUUGGUCUCAUUGAAAAGGUAUCAGGUAAUUUAAUAUUAAAGAAGCCAGUAUUUAAGUAUGUUGGGCCAUUUAAAAUGAAAAAAUCAGACAAGGUAUUUCUACACACACUAUCGCCCAUCACACCUCUUUCAGUAUUAGACACACAACAGCAGAUGACACCGUGUCAUAUCUUUGCCGGAAAGUCUAAACGAAAAUUGGAAUUUACUACACCAAGUACAGAUAAGCUUGGUGUAACAACCCCACCUCAUACUCCGUCACACAAGUGGGAUGAAAUUCUACUUGUUGCUGACAUGGAACUGAAUAGAAUUAACAAUGGUGUCACAGAGUGAAUUGUUUUAAUAGGAGUUAUGACACAAUGUCCACUAAUAUUCAGAACAUACUCCUAGGGUUCAUUGAUACACCCAUUUGAAGUCUGAUUAAAUGGAAAACAAAGGUAUCAAUUAUAGUCUCUAAACUAUUUUGAUAAUAAAAUAAAAAACUGUUUAAAUCAUUAUUUUUUGAUGUUUUCAAGGUUCCUUAUGAAUCUGUGCAGGCUCAAGAGCCAAGGCUCAAUAAAUACCAAUGGGUGUACCGAGAACAUGCUUGCCAUUUGUUUAUAUGAUUUGGCAGUAAAUUUAAGUAUGAAUUAUGUGUAUAUUAAGUGGACUUGACUGAAUGUUUUUUUAUGUAAGUCAAAUGUUGUAUACUUGUCUUCCAGGGGAUAUUUGAAUAGGUAUCUUAUGACUUAUACAUAAAUGUAUGAAAUAUUCUUUUUAUUAUAAUAUAUAAAUUUUAUGAUAUGUUGUUGAGAACAGAAGUUUAUCUUUGUCACAGACAUCAUAGUGCAAUUAACUUAAUGUUAUUUGUAUUUAUUUUAGGAAUUAUGUAAUAAUGAAUUUAAUAAGACUUAUACCACACUAUAUAUACAAUAUACAUUAAAUAUAAUAAAUAAAGCAUAUUUAUCAAAAUUUUAAAGAAUUUUAGAACACAUUCUAGAAAAUGUUACAAAUCUAUUUUAUUCAUUUUAGUCUUUUUCUUUUCUUUUCAUUGUAUUAAUGAAAACUCAAACUAUUAAUUUUAUAAAUGCUACUAAAAUUAUAAAGUGUUGAUUAAAAUAUGUAAGGAGUCAGUACCCCUGGAGCCUUAGGACUGAGAUGUAAUAGAACUUUAUUAAAGUAUGUAAUAAGUAAUAUUUAUGACUAUGUUAUCCUAUAUUAUAUAUGUUUUCGUGAUUUUAUCCAUAAUUAACCGUUUAUAUAAUGAUGUUUUGACAAAAAGUAAAGAAAUUUAUGCAUUUAUCACUUGUCGACUUUGAUAAGUAGUUAUUAUAAUGAAUUUUAUAUAACAAAGUUGCUUUUAUUUUAUAUUUGUUCUAAGUUACGUGUAAUAUUAAAUAAAUGGAUUUU